GCGCAACUGACUCUAGCUAUUCAACAACCCUGAGGCAGUGAAUAGCCUCAACACUCGAGCAAUAUAAAAGGCCUUUCCAUCUUCAAAAUGGUUGUUCUUCAUCAUUCUCCCUUUCUCAUCCCUUACCAUCUACUCAUUCUCUUCUCGUUAAGUUUCCAGGAUGGAUCCAAUUACCGAUGAAGAUCGCCACAAGAUCUGGGCGAGGUUGCCUGACUUGAACAUCGGCCAUAGAUACCUAACAACCGUCUCAAGACAGGCCAAAAACCUUAUCCAUCUAUCUCAAGUCAGGGCAUGGCCAAACUUUUGCAAUGAUGUCCGCAGGUACACCAGUCGCUCUGACGUACUUGGUCAAUUCCCACCAGUUGGCGGUGUUCAGGUAGCCUAUCGCCGGGAAUCCUAUCCCGUCGGCAACGAAGCUGGUGUUACUGGCCGUUGGGUCAGUAACAUAGCAAUGAAUGUAAACGCUGUUGCCGAGAAACUGCUACUGCCCAAGUUCGCGGAUUAUCAAUUAGGUAAUAACGGCCCAAGAGGCUGCAGUGUUGAUGAUUCUCCAGGCAUCAUUCUUCUUAAAGGAGGAUCACGGACCGUUCUGGUAGGGGAGUUCAAGACUCCUUGGACUACGGACUUGAGCGUUCGAACGACCAACGACGAAAAAAUCGCUAGACUAUGGGGGCAAAUCACAAAUUACAUGGAUAGCUGUAGGUGCCGGUAUGCAAUUAUGUCUACAUAUAUGCAAACAGUCUGCAUCCGGCGGACAGGAGACUAUUCAUUUGAAGUAUCCCCAGUUAUUCACCAUAACAUACAGUCUCUUCCAGUUAUAUCCAGCCAGAGUCCCACAAUCAGCGUUCGCGAAGCCUUACUCUAUAUGGCAUACCUGGCUGGAGACGGAGAGGGCGACUCGGCCUUCUCGAAAGUGGUGGGCAAUCUCUAUCGUCCUGUACUUGCUCCUAAGCAAGGUUUAUUUGAUCAUAUUAGUUAGCUACUCUAUUGGGGUUUCUGAUGCAGUAAAAUAUGUCAGAGGUGCGUGCCUGAUUAGGCUUAGCGUCGCCUCGUUUGGCGCGGCCACACCACAUAACCACCUGCUUCGCGUCCGAGCUGUAGUAGUAAUAGCAACCAUUAGCCAUCUCUUCC